UUGGCCGCUGGCGCGUUGUUGGUUUCGGGUUGUCAGGCAGCGGGCGAGGCUGCGGACAGCGAGCAGCGGGCGGACGCGACCCGGCGGCGGUGGGGGUGCGGCUGGGCCAUGCCUGGUGGCGCGGCCUGAGCCCCUCCAUCUGCUGCAAGCAUGAAGGACAGCGGGGACUCCAAGGACCAGCAACUUAUGGUGGCACUUCGGGUCCGGCCCAUCAGCGUGGCAGAGCUGGAGGAAGGAGCUACCCUCAUCGCCCAUAAAGUGGAUGAGCAGAUGGUGGUUCUCAUGGACCCAAUGGAGGAUCCCGACGACAUCCUGCGGGCACAUCGCUCCCGGGAGAAGUCCUACCUGUUUGACGUGGCCUUUGACUUCACUGCCACCCAGGAGAUGGUGUAUCAGGCCACCACCAAGAGCCUCAUCGAAGGCGUCAUCUCAGGCUACAAUGCCACUGUCUUUGCCUAUGGCCCCACAGGCUGUGGGAAAACCUACACCAUGCUGGGCACAGACCAGGAGCCCGGCAUUUACGUUCGGACCCUCAAUGACCUCUUCCGUGCCAUCGAGGAGACCAGCAACGACAUGGAGUAUGAGGUCUCCAUGUCCUACCUGGAGAUCUACAAUGAGAUGAUCCGGGACCUGCUGAACCCCUCCCUGGGCUACCUGGAGCUACGGGAGGACUCCAAGGGGGUGAUCCAGGUGGCCGGCAUCACCGAAGUCUCCACCAUCAAUGCCAAGGAGAUCAUGCAGCUGCUGAUGAAGGGGAACCGGCAGAGGACCCAGGAGCCCACGGCCGCCAACCAGACGUCCUCCCGCUCCCACGCGGUGCUGCAGGUGGCCGUGCGCCAGCGCAGCCGGGUCAAGAACAUCUUGCAGGAGGUGCGGCAGGGCCGCCUGUUCAUGGUCGACCUGGCGGGUUCGGAGCGUGCCUCCCAGACACAGAACCGUGGGCAGCGCAUGAAGGAGGGGGCCCACAUCAACCGCUCACUGCUGGCACUGGGCAACUGCAUCAACGCCCUGAGUGACAAGGGUAGCAACAAGUACAUCAACUAUCGCGACAGCAAGCUCACCCGACUCCUCAAGGAUUCUCUGGGAGGAAACAGCCGCACAGUGAUGAUCGCUCACAUCAGUCCUGCGAGUAGUGCCUUUGAGGAGUCCCGGAACACCCUGACGUACGCCGGCCGGGCCAAGAACAUUAAGACUAGGGUGAAGCAGAACCUGCUGAACGUCUCCUACCACAUCGCCCAGUACACCAGCAUCAUCGCUGACCUGCGGGGCGAGAUCCAGCGACUCAAGUGCAAGAUUGAUGAGCAGACUGGGCGGGGACAGGCCCGGGGCCGGCAGGAUCGGGGUGACAUCCGCCACAUCCAAGCUGAGGUCCAGCUGCACAGCGGGCAGGGUGAGCAGGCUGGCAUGGGACAGCUUCGGGAGCAGCUUGUCAGCGCCUUCCAGGAGCAGAUGGAUGUGCGGAGGCGCCUGCUGGAACUGGAGAACCGUGCCAUGGAGGUCCAGAUUGACACCUCCCGACACCUGCUCACCAUCGCUGGCUGGAAGCAUGAGAAGUCCCGCAGGGCCCUCAAGUGGCGGGAGGAACAGCGGAAGGAGUGCUACGCUAAGGACGACAGUGAGAAGGACUCAGACACAGGCGAUGACCAGCCGGACAUCCUGGAGCCGCCCGAGGUGGUUGCAGCCCGGGAGAGCAUCGCAGCCCUGGUGGGCGAGCAGAAGCAGCUGUGCAAGCAGAAGCUGGCGCUGGAGCAGCGCUGCCGGGAGCUGCGCGUGCGGGGCCGGCGCCUGGAGGAGACCCUGCCCCGGCGCAUCGGCUCCGAGGAGCAGCGCGAGGUGCUCAGCCUGCUGUGCCGCGUGCACGAGCUCGAGGUGGAGAACACCGAGAUGCAGUCGCACGCGCUGCUCCGCGACGGUGCGCUCCGCCACCGCCACGAGGCCGUGCGCCGCCUGGAGCAGCACCGCAGUCUCUGCGACGAGAUUAUCCAGGGCCAGCGGCAGAUCAUCGACGACUACAACCUGGCUGUCCCGCAGCGCCUGGAAGAGCUCUACCAAGUGUACCUGCGGGAAUUGGAGGAGGGCAGCCUGGAGCGGGCCACCAUCAUGGACCAAGUGGCCUCCAGGGCCCUGCAGGACAGCUCCUUGCCCAAAAUUACCCCAGCAGGAACCUCACUGACCCCAGAUUCUGACCCAGAGAGUGUGAAGACACUGAGCUCUGAUGCCCAGCGCCUGCGGAACAGCGCUCUCCCUCCCCUCAGCACAGAGAGUGAAGGCCACCACGUGUUCAAGGCUGGUACUGGGGCCUGGCAGGCCAAAAGCUCCUCUGUGCCCACCCCACCUCCCAUCCAGCUCGGCAGCCUGGUGAUGCAGGAGGCCCCGGCUCAGGACAGCCUGGGCAGCUGGAUCAGCUCUUCCCCCGACAGCAGUGAGAUCCUGUUGGAGAUCCCCUUGUCCCACAAAGAGAGGAAGGAGAUCAUGACUGGCACCAAGUGCAUCUCGGUGAAGGCCGCCCGGCGGCGCUCGCAGGCCCUGGGCACCGAGGGGCGACACCUGCUGGCACCUGCAACAGAGCGCAGCAGCCUAUCCCUGCACUCGCUGAGCGAGGGCGAUGAUGCGCGGUCACCAGGCCCGCUGGCCUGCAAGUGGCCACCCAGCCCCAUGUUGCAGCAUGCUGCCAGUGAGGACAACCUGUCCAGCAGCACGGGCGAGGCCCCGUCUCGGGCAGUCGGGCAUCAUGGGGACGGUCCUGGGCCCUGGCUGCGUGGCCAGAAGAAAAACCUGGGCAAGAAAAGGGAGGAGUCGCUGGAGGCAAAGAGAAGGAAGCGGAGGUCCCCAUCCUUCGAGGUCGCCGGGCAAGGGCUCUCCCGCCCCAAGACACACCUCCUGGGGUCCCAUCAGGCGGAGCGCAUCUCAGACCACAGGAUGCCAGUGUGCAGGCACCCAGCCCCUGGUAUCCGGCAUCUGGGAAAGGUCACACUACCUUUGGCCAAAGUCAGACUCCCUCCAAGCCAGAACACGGGCCCGGGGGACUCCUCACCCCUGGCUGUUCCCCCCAACCCAGCUGGUGGUUCUCGACGGGCUACCCGUGGGCCCCACCUGCCCCACGGUACAAGCACCCAUGGCAAAGAUGGAUGCUCCCGGCAUAACUGAGGGGCCCUGCCUGGAACUGGCUCUCCCGCCCCCCAAGACUGAAUGGGGCCUAACAGGGCAUGGGAGGUGGAGGCUGGGCAGAUGGAGAUGACCAGGAAGUAGAAGCUCAGGAUCUCAGCAGGCCGGGGCUCCUGAGACCCAGGAACUGGGGUGUCUACCCAACCCUCCCAUGCUUUCAGUGCCACCGGGGAAAAGAGGUGAGGCCAGGGGACAUGGCUGGGAUGGCUGGCUCCCUGGCCUCCCAGCCCUGGACAGAAUGCUGUUGCCAAAACCCUGCACAGCCAUGAGGGCAGCCUUGGCCUUGGAAAUGGAGGAAAGCAGCUGGCAGUGAGACGGGGCUCCUGGCCCACGUGUGGGGCACGGGCAUCCGGGAUGGUUGGGGAGGCGCCGACAGGCACUUCACUUAUUACAAUUGGGGAUGUGGGUGAGGGAGGGAAUCUGGUUUUGUUACUUGGCAGUGGCCUUUUCUCCCCUUUCCUUUUUAACAAUAAAAUCUCAUUUGGGUCUUGA